AUGAACUCAAAUAUUGCAUUGAUCAUCUCAAGCAAUCUUGUUGAAUUGAUUGUACCAUCAAUUUACGAAUUAUCACAUAUUCAGAUGAUAUAUAUUCAUAAUACUAAUAAUUCGAAAGACAAAUGUGAGUUGAUAAAGCAAUUAUCAUCGAAAAUUGUCGACAUCUAUGAUAAUAUAAAUCAAUUGAUAGUAAAAUUAUUUAACGAUAAUAUUUUUCCAUUAUUACCUAUCAGUAUUAUUAAUCCUCAGACGAUUAAAGAAACAUCUAUUAGAGAUUUAACAAAUGAACAAGCAACAUUCAUGUGGUUUCAAUUAUUAUUAGAAAUUCUCUUACAAAUGCCGCAAACAAUAGAUUCAAAAAAUGAAAUGAUGAAUGAAUGUUUCCUCAAUUAUGAAAAUGACGAAAUAGAAAAAAAGAAAAUUAUUGAAUUUCAACAAACAUAUUCGUCUGAUACUUGUAUUCAUUGGUACACACGUGAUACGUUUUUGUAUCGUUUAUUAAAUAGAGCAUUGCGCACUCAAAAUAUAAACAAUAUAUUUAAGUUUCGUUUUUUUAUUAAAGAUCUUUAUCAACAAUUAGAAAAUCUAGCAGCAAAUAACGAAAUGAAUACUAGUGUUUCAAUUAUGUAUCGUGGACAAAUGAUAGCACGAGAAGAGUUACAGAAACUGCAAGACAACAUAAAUGGACUUAUAUCGGUUAACACAUUUUUUUCAACAACUUUAUCUUGUAAUGUUGCUACUGAUUUUUCUGGUAAUGGCAUGGGUCGUCCUCAAUUCGAAUCAGUUGUAUUUGAAAUAAAUGUAAAUCAAAAAACGACUAACAAAACCAUUUGCUCAUAUUCACCAUUAUUCAUAUAA